GACUCUCUUUCCUUUCCCUUUCCUUUCUCUCUGCAAAUUUCAUCGCCUAAAUAACGGCAUAUUCUUUCUAAAGCGAGAGAGAGAGUUAUUUGACGAGAGAAAAUCUUUGAAAAUUUUGUACAAUCUCCAUUUUUCUAUAUCCUUUUUAACUGCUUCUUCAAUAUUUUGUAGAGAUCCUAACCUUGUUUCUUUUUAUAAUUACUUUCUUUUUUGGGGUGGAGGAGGAAGAUAAUAGCAUUUCAACACUUGGGUCGGUUGAGAAUUCUCAGAAGUUGAGUUCUUCUUUCUUUUUUCCUUCUUUCUUGGGGUUUUGGGGUAACUUAUGCGACGAAGAAGUGGGAAAAACAUUGCAAGAUUUUGGGUUUUUCAAGGAUAAUUUCUGAGGAUUUUACGGUUGUUGUUCUCUUUGGUUAUCGCGUUUUUUAUUUAGUGGGUUUCGCCGUUUGCUUAUUCUCUGAGAAAUGGUGGUGAAGAUGAUGAGGUGGCGGCCAUGGCCGCCUCUGGUUUCGAAAAAGUACGAGGUGAGGUUGGUUGUGCGGAGGCUGGAGGGGUGGGAUCUGGUCCGUGUGGGUGUACCGGAGACGGAGAAAGCGGAAAGAUUGACGGUGGAGAUUCGCUGGAAGGGACCCAAGUUGGCGUUGAGUUCUCUCAGACGAACGGUGAAGAGAAACUUUACCAAAGAAGUGGAGGGUGUGGGACAAGACGGCGUCGUUUCAUGGGAGGACGAAGAAUUUCUGAGUCUAUGCACUCUCUCUGCUUACAAGGAGAAUGUCUUUCACCCUUGGGAGAUCGGUUUCACUGUCUUCACUAAUGGCUUUAACCAGGGACCAAAGAACAAGGUUCCUGUUGUCGGAACAGCAUUGUUGAAUCUUGCUGAAUAUGCUUCUGCAUCUGAUCAGAAAGAGUUCGAGUUAAGCAUCCCCUUGACACUGUCUUCUGGCAAUGCUGAGCCUCGUCCUAUGCUCUGUAUAUCUCUUAACUUAUUAGAGCUGAGAGCUGCUCAGGAAGUGACAGAACCUGUACAGGGAGCAAUAGUACCUGUUCAAUCUCCUCUCCCGGCCGGAGAAUCUAUCUCGACAGAAAAGGAUGAACUUUCUGCAAUUAAAGCUGGUCUUAGGAAAGUAAAGAUUUUCACCGGGUAUGUUUCUGCCAGGAGAGCAAAGAAGGCUUGCCGUGAAGAAGAGGGUAGUGAAGGCAGGGGCUCUGCCAGGAGUGACGAUGGUGAAUAUAAUUAUCCAUUUGAUUCGGAUUCUCUUGAUGAUUAUGAGGAAGGAGAAUCGGAUGAGGGCAAGGAGGAUCCGAAUGUUAGGAAGUCAUUUAGUUAUGGAACUCUGGCUUAUGCAAACUGUGCUGGGGGAUCAUUUUACUCCAGUAUGAGAAUCAAUGGGGAAGGUGAGGACUGGGUUUACUACAGCAAUCGGAAAUCAGACGUGGGCUGCUUGCAGAUUGAGGAUUCAACAGCAUCUGCUUCUGACCCGUCCUUGUUACAAAGUUCAAAGCGUAGCAUCUUGCCCUGGAGAAAGAGAAAGCUGAGCUUCAGAUCUCCUAAAGCGAAAGGAGAACCAUUGCUAAAGAAGGGUAAUGGUGAGGAAGGUGGGGAUGACAUUGAUUUUGAUCGUCGACAGCUUAGUUCUGAUGAAGCUCUUCCUCUUGGGUGGUACAAAACAGAUGAAGAUUCAUCUGCUAAUCGGACAUCAGUUUCUGAAUUUGGAGAUGACAGUUUUGCUAUAGGCAGUUGGGAACAAAAAGAAGUUAUAAGCAGGGAUGGACAUAUGAAACUCCAGGCUCAGAUGUUCUUUGCUUCCAUAGAUCAGCGGAGUGAGCGGGCAGCAGGUGAGAGUGCAUGCACAGCCCUUGUGGCUGUCAUUGCUGACUGGUUUCAGAAUAACCGUGAUCUCAUGCCUAUUAAAUCACAAUUUGAUAGUCUAAUUAGAGAAGGCUCGUUAGAAUGGCGUAACCUCUGUGAGAACGAA